GCCGCGUUGGGCCAAUGAAAAGCGCGGGAAAACGUUGGCGGGAAAGCCUGACUUCUUCUCUAUUGGGAUAAUACUGCCUCCUCUUCUGAGAUAUGGUACUUUUCUUCGCUGCAGGAGUCUAAAGAUUGAAUGGUCAUGAUUCCAGCUUUGUGAAAAAGCUCCCAUGAGUACUCGACAAUCAAAGAGAAAGUGGGAAGAAAAACUGAAGAGCAUUGAGGAACUAUCAUCUUUGUAUAAACGAAGGCCGCUUUGCGAACGUUACAAACCACAACUGUCCAAACCAUGGCAGCCAUCCUCUAUUUGGAAGUUAUUUCAUCGGCAAAACCAAGCAUUUAAUUUUGCAAAAUCCUGUAAAGAGGAUGUCCAUGUAUUUGCUUUGGAAAGAAGUGCCGAAAACAAACAGAGGUUUUAUCUUGUGACAACCUACACAGAGCUUUGGUUUUAUUACAGCAAACAUCGUGAAACCAGUCUUAUGCAUUGUUAUGAAGUUAUUCCAGAAACAGCUGUUUGCAAACUGUACUUUGAUUUGGAAUUCUACAAACCAGCAAAUAAAAGCGCUGAUGGGAAGCAGAUGGUAGCAGGCUUAAUAGAGUUUGUGUGUGAAAAAUUAGAUGAACACUAUGGAGUGAAAUGUUCAGCUGGAGACAUUUUGAAUUUAGAUUCCAGCACUGAAGAGAAAUUUAGUUGCCAUCUCAUAUUUCAACUCCACAAUGCUGCAUUUAAAAAUAACAUUCACAUAGGUAACUUUUUAAGAAGAAUUUUGGAACCUGCUGUUCUUUUAAUUAAGAAUAAAGACGCAGUGGCUGUAGAAAAACAGGUGCUUUCUGCUUCUCGAUGUUCCAAAGUCACCACAGAUUUACCCAAAUGUCUUGAAAACCAGACUGUCUCCAAUAAUGUUCCUUCCACCUGUCAAUUUAAUUCACAGAGAGCAAUGGAAAAAGGGACACCACAAGCGAAAGGAGAAAGAGACCUAUCUUUUCUGAUUAUGAAUGGCAAAGAGGGAGGAAAGCAACUGUUUGUAGAUCUGGGGGUUUAUACUAAGAAUAGAAAUUUUCGGUUAUACAAGUCAUCAAAAGCAGGAAAGUGUGCUGUCCUGGAUAUUGCGGAAGAUAACAAGUUCAUUCCUAAAUCUGUAAAAAAUUCUUCUGUAGAAGAACAGUAUUUUUUGUCCUCUUUGAUCUGUAAUGUAAGAUUUUCAGACUGUUUAAAAAUUAUGACUUUUGACACUCCAGAAGUGAGAAAAGAAAAGUCUGUCUGUUCAAAUGGAAACAUGACCAGUAGCAGUAUAGGGGGAUACCACUGUUCCCCUUAUCCAGAAAUUGAUAACUUUGUCCUGUCCUUAGUCAGUAAAGACAGUGUUCAAGGAGGAAUAAGAAGAUGGAAUUAUUUUUCUCUUGAGCAGCUUCUCGUGUAUGACAUCUUGAACUACCGUUGGUGUAGGAAUAUUGGCAGAGCUCACAAAAGUAACAAUAUAAUGAUUAUAGUAGAUUUGAAACAAGAGAAUUGGUAUCAAAAAUGCCAUGACCCUGUUUGCAGAGCAGAAAACUUCAAAUCAGAAAGUUUUCCUUUACCAAGUGAAGUAUGCCUCCCAUUCCUUUUCAAGGAGGAAGAAGAGUAUGAAUAUAUAAUGGAUGAAUGUGGGAACAUUGAAGAAAAAUCCAAAACAUUUAACCCGACAAUAGACUCAUCAAGCAGCACAUCUUUAGCUGCGUUACAGCAAAUAAGUGACCCAGAUGCUACAAAAAGGUCAAGCCUUGAAUGGGAUGAUGAAGCUGACAUCUUUCUUUUGGAAGCUUCUGAAGAUGUGGAACUUGCAGAGGCUGCUGCUAGUUUUCAGCCUCAGAGGGACUGGAGUGUAGAUGAAAUACCUGAUGAACUCCUAGUAGAUGCUUUACAAAACCAUGAAAUCAAGGAGUAAGUCUGCCAAGGCAUGGCUGAGCAAAGAGUGCACGUAACUGUUGUCAAAUAACCAGCGGUCAAACUAAAUGAUACAAGCUUGUUUGAGUUUGGGGCAAUAUUAUUUCCUGGAUUUUUAAAUGUUACUUUAGCUGCUGGCUUGUGAUGAUAAGCAGAAGCAGCAUUUGCACAAUGUAAACAUGAAUUUCAGGGUAGAAAAUAAGAGUUUAAUUAAACAACUCCCAGACAGUUGGUCAGAGAAA